AGCCGCUUUUGCUGCGUCCCUCCACGACGCGAAGGUCGGAGUGCUGACACAAGCAGAUUCGACACCUUUGACCCUGCGCCAAAUUCGGCUUGUGCAUGUUGCACCCUGGUGCAUGUGCAGCUUUUCGUUGACGAACGACCCCAUACAAAGCGGAAAGUGUCCGUGAAGGGCACGGUCACAAACUAACGGCAUUCGCACCGGACGAACCGGACGCCAUCCCCAGCCAUGCCAGCCGCAGCCAUAAUCUCAAAAUGGCUUCUUCCAUUGUUGAUGAUAUCGGCGGCCGGCGCCGCGGUCGACACAAGUAGGAUCGGAGGCGCAGGGUUGAUGCUUCAAUUUGACUCCUCUACAGAGUUUUCGGAUGAGGUUGCAUAUCGCAAUCUACUCGACUCGAACAAGUUUGAUUAUAAUGUUCGAGGCAAACCAACCAGUUUGAUUCAGUACAACGCUGGCUCAUCACGGGCAUUUGAAGCCUACAGUGACAUUACUGUAGAAGGAUGGGUACGCCCCACGAUUGACCCAGAUAAUCCAGGCAAAGGGAGGACACAAUAUGAUCAGCCGUCUUCCCUGACCGGUGACCUGGAUGAGGUCAGGGUGUGGAAAGUUGCGCGCACUCAGACUGAAAUAGCGGCGGCGAGGUACCGGUCGCUGACGAGCGGCGAGCAUGCUAAUCUGAUCGCAUACUACAAUGCCGACAGUUGGGACUAUUCACAACCAUUCAACUUGCCGGACCUCUCUCCCAGUGCGUGGGAUAUUACCAUGGCAGUGAGUCAAGCGCAGAGUGUUCCAGUGAAGCGCCUGAUGCCCACAAUCCUCCCAUCGGAUGCUCCGUAUUACGGAGCCCUGGUGCAUGUCCUGGAAGCAAUUCGCGCCACCCCUCACUGGAAUGGCACAUAUGAAUUGUCACUUCUACCGGGGCAGUCCGCCAGCGACGCCUCCACACUAACGAUCCGGAUCACCGCUUUACCAGCAUGCUCAUCACCGAAUGUAGUUAUCUCGAGGAAGGACGAUGGAAGUGUUUUGACGGGGCCUGUUUCGCUGCCUGGGCAUGUGACCCUAGUUUUGAAGGCACCUGCCGCCACUGCGACCACUCCCCAGGAAGAUCGGUCGUGUUUUCUGCAAUAUGAUGUGCUGCAAGGCGCUUCUACCUUGGGAACGGGUCUUAAGCUCGAUUUGAUAGUGAAAACGAACAGGAAACCCAUGGUGGGCGAUGCGGGAGGAGCUAUCUUCUGCGAUGGCGGCAACUCUUUCGCAUAUGACAAAAAUUUCACUUUCGGGGUACCAAACACCGAUUUAAAGUACACCAUCGAAUGGUGGGCGUACAACUGGGACCCGCAGCUGGACGGCACUGUUUAUAGCAUUGGAAACUCCGAGGUCAAUGCCGGUGGUGGAAGCUGGUGUAAUGACCUGAGAACAUCCAACAAGACUCGUUGGGAAGUGACGGACUAUUGUCAGGGUCGUUUCCUGGCCCACGCUCCCAACGCGGCCGGCCAAAUUCAAGCUUAUCACUCGUGGAAACAGCUGGGAGACGGAGCAGCCAUAGCCGAUGCAACCCCGUAUCAGCAGCGAUGGUACCAUGUCGCCGUGACUUCGGAUGGAGACAUCAUUUCCAUUUAUAUAGAUGGCCAAGCCGCCGCAAGUUCGCCCACGUUCCCAUUCACAGGGCAUAUGCUCCGUGGCCUCCAUGUCUGUCAUUGGCCAUUCUGGGGGAAAGACCAUUAUUUCCGCGGAUUUUUGGACGAGUUCAGAGUCUUCAAUUACUCGAGAGGCCCCGCUCAAAUCAGGUCUACAAUGUAUCAGAAGCUACAACCCGAGCUGCAACCCGGUUUACUCCCGUACUAUACCUUUGACUCACACCGCGAUGCACUUGCAUUUUCCACUCCCUUCUCCAACUCGGAUCCGAUUGCCGAUGCAAGUGGGAGUGGACGGCUGCUUGUGCCUGGUGGUUGCACGCCGAACGUGUUACCGUGGUGUCCACUUGGGGAUGGCAAAUGCAAUGCUUUGGAGCCACCGCAGCAUCCCUGCUGGGACAGCAACGGCACAGCUCAGCUUUCCGGCGCCCAACCAUUUCUGUAUCCCUCAGGUGCCCCUGUAGGGGGCUACGGCUUUCCCGUGGUUCUCAACGGUACCUCAUCCAAAGUCAACAUCAAUCUGGCGGGGCCAGACCCGGACGGGGAUAAGUUAACCUUCGAGAUAGCGGCUAUCCCGGAUCCCGAGAGGUCACUUUUGAGGGUGAAUAGAAAGGUUGCCACCGUCGGAACCCGCCUCGCCGCAACGGACACGGUCGAGACUAUCAAUGUGCACAUCAAAUGCCCACCGGGGACAUACUUGAACGAAGCGGACCGGAAAUGUGAGGAAUGCCCGCUAGGAGAGUACAGCGACGGUUACAGCUUUGACACUCGCUGCGCAACCUAUCAGGACGUUCUCUGGUCGUCCGGUAUCGGCGCAACCAUCGCUUCCAUCAACACGCUGGCUAUUCUCGGGACGUUUGCCAUUGCCGCUGCAAUCAUAUUCUUCCGGAACGCAAAGCCGAUGGUGGCUGCAAGCCCGACGUUCUGCAUGCUGAUUGUAGCCGGGGGUUUACUGGGACUGGCGGAUGUAUACACGUACAUUGGAAUGCCCAGCCGACUGUCCUGCGCUUUGCAACCGGCUCUUGUGGCUAUUGGGUUCACGUUGGCAUUGGGGAACCUUGUCCUGAAGACUUAUCGCAUCCAUUUCAUCUUCAAUUAUGCAAGAAAGGCGAGGAAUGUUCCCUGGAUGCUGAAGUCCAACUUUCUAGGCUUAAUGGUUGCUCUCGCUGUGACAGUCGAUAUCAUCAUCUUGAUUGUGUGGUACAGCAUAGACAUCCCUCGCCCGAAACUCCUGCUGGACCCUAAUGGAUCAGAAUACAUUGGCUGCGCGUCGAACAAACCGUCAACCGGUGAUGCGGCAAGCGCCAUACUGAUCGCGUACAAUGCUCUUUGGCUUUUCUCUGGGAUCUACCUGGCUGUUAGGAUUCGCAACGUCAAAUCCGACUUCAAUGAGUCGCAACACAUUAUCCCAUGCAUCUACAUACUCCUACUCGUAUCCCUGAUCCUCACGCCGAUAAAUUACACGUCCACCGUGCUUCCCUUUAGGGUUCGCUCGAUAUUCGUGUGUUUUCUGCAAGUCGUGGCCAGCACAUUCCUCGUAUGCCAAAUGUUCGUUCCAAAACUCAUCGCCUCAGUAGCCUGGGUGGCGACCCAUGGCGCAUCUUCGAAAAACACUCUUGAAGCAGGGUCCUCCAUCGAAGAGAGCAGCGGCGGCGCACGCUCGACGAUCAUGGCGCCUGCCGCCAAAAGCGACCCUUCAGCAGAAAAGCUGUACAUAGAGGUGCCGAUGCUCCAAGUAUCUUCUGGCGGCCUACUCUCAAAGUAUACAGCGCACGAAGCAGUCAUUUUGAAAGACUCGAAUCGAUUGAUUCUGAAAAAGUUCCGGCAGCAGCCAGCCUCCUUUUACGACUAUUCUCCGGGUAACUUCACUCAGGUGGGCGAAACAGAGAUCUUGUUCAAAUCCCAGGACGAGACUCUCAAGCUCCGGUUUACAACGUCUGCUGCCCGCGACUCGUUCUUCUCAGCAAUUACUGGAAAUGCUAAAGGAGGAAAAGCAAGUUCCGCUACGUCUCCGAUUCGCUCGGCGGGGAGAGCCAUUCAAAAGUCUUCGUUCGUGGAAGCAUAAUUUUUCCGCUAAGCAUGAUUACGCGUGGGCUGCAUGUGCGCCAUGGCUUAGAUGUAGUACACUCUUUGUUUCAAGUUGCGAAGAAUGAUAGAUGUUACCUUCGAUUCUCGAG